UUGAUUUUAAUCGUGUUGGUUUUAUUUUUUAAUAUAUUUCCUUUUUUAAAAUUGCUUUAUAUUACUCCCAUUCGAUUUCUUAGUUUAAUACGUGCUUAAGAUCUUAUCAUAAUACCCCAAUACUCGAUUUCACCAUUGAAAUUAUUAGGUUCUUUAACUCUUUCAGUUCUUGAAAAUGGGAAAAUUUGGAUGUGUUAGUAGAUCUUAAUUGGCUGUUAUUAUCUUGUUAAUUGCAGAAAUGGGAGGGAGCUUUCAAUACUCACCGAAACCAGGGUAUCCAGCAGAGAAUGAUGAUGAAGAGUAUGUCUCCAGGCUUAGUGAUACACUUGUUGAAACAAUUCAGGAAGCGAAGGACACAAUUUCUGAGAUAGAGUGUAUAUUUUGCAGUCGGCUCUACUCUAAUUUCCAAAUGAAAUCUAAAAGCUUGCAGGAGGCUAAAAAAGAAGCAGAAGAUUCAUGGAAAGAGAAGGAGAGAAAUCUUCUGCUCCAGAUUGAAAGACUUCAACUUGAAAAGCAACAAGUCCUUGAAGAAAACCAGUGUCUGAUGCUUGAGAAAGAAAAGUCUUUGGAGGAGCUGAAUGAGCAGACAAAGUCACUAGUUUUAAGAGAAAGAAGAAGCCAGCAAGUUAGAAUUGAUGAACUAGAAGAGGAGGUUAGGAAGAAGUCCAAGGAAGUUGGUGAGGUGGAAUUGCGUAAUAGAUUACAUCAAUUGCUUCAAAAGAAAUCCAUAUCAGAUAAGGGAAAAGAACUGAAAGAGCAUGAAGAAAAGACAAAUGGGCUGAUUGCCACAGUGAAGAGCUUGGAGAAAAAGGUUGAGGUUCUCGAAGAUGACCUUAGACGAAAGACUUUAAUGGAAGCGGUAAAAAAUGAGUUAACUGAAGAUUUACUCAAAUGGAUCAACUCCCUAUUGUCACACUUAUCAGAUAAUGAUCAGUUGUCGACUGAGCUUGAAAAGGAGAAGAAAAAAUUGGAAUGUUUUGAAGAGGAACUUAGUGAACUCCAAAAGAAGCUCUUGAAAAAGACAGAAGAAUUUGAGGAUGGAAGGGUAUCACUAGCGCAACUGCUUCAGCAGAUUGAAGUGAAUAAAUUGGAAAUAUUGAAGCAAAAACUACUGUUGGAGGACUCUGAGAAGGAUAAAAAACUUCUUCUGGAGAAAGUAAAUGCUUUAGAGGAGAAGAUCAACGAGCUCAAGGAAAAUCUCGGAAGGAACAGCAAGUUCACUGAAGGGAAGUGUUCAUAUGAAAAGUUGCUUCAGCAAAUUGAAUUGAAAGACUCUCAGUUACUGGCUGAGAAGAAGAAGGCAAGCAAUGUCUUGGAUGCGUACAAAAGGUUGAAUUCUCAGUACACAUUUGUCUGUGCAAAUACUGGCCUUAUUAAGGAGAUUAUGCUUUCUCAAAUCAAAUUCGAAGAUGAAAGUGGCUCAUUAACGCAUCAGCAAAUCCCAAAAACUUCACCUGAUUUUGGGAGCAUACAUGCAGAUACUACUACAGCUGCUCGUGAGAUUGAAAAAAUGAAGAACGAAAAUUACAUCAGUAAUUGGUUGAAGGAUGGUAAAGCAGUCAAAUCAAUUCCAAAGCCAAGCUUCCAUUCUCCUACUUCCAGUUGUUUUGCACCAAAAUGCCCUCCUACUGCAAAAUCUGCUGCAGUCGUUGGUACAAAGUGGUCUGCAUCACGUUGGGUAGAUACUACUAGGUAUUGUCAGUGCAGAGAAGGGCCUGACCCCUAUUAUGAUUUCCUUGAUACCCCCCUUAAGAACCUCAGAAAGAGCUGGAAUGAAACCAUAAAGGAAAGACCCGAUCUGCAAAUCCCCAGUUCGGAAAGAUAUGCAUCCAUACAGAUCAGAAGAUGAAAAAACAGGUUAUGAAUGUUGAUCCAGGCCCUGAAAAGCAGCAGAUGCCACUUCCAAUGGCUUGCCAAAAAGGAUUCAAGUAGGUUGAACCAGUUAGAAAGAAAGCUGAGUGGGAUAAUUUGAAAGAAUUAAGCAGUUCAAGAAAUUCUAUGAUGCAGUUCUUCCUAAUGGCGGCAAGGAUGCUAAUGGUAAUAAGCAGAAUUUCCGCUGUGAGCAUCAUAAUGGUGUUUCCAGCCAUAGGUAUAAGUACAUUCCCCCUUGACUCCUGAAGGUUUUUGAAUAUUGGAUUUGAAUCUAAAAUGUGAUUUUCUCCACCCUGGAACUUCUUUACUGAACUAUAGCUGACUUUGAUAAUUCAAUUAUGAGAUUUUGAGGUCUUAAGUUUUAUUUUAUAUCCCCUCUUACAUUGUUAAUUUUAUUGUCUGAAUUUUUACCUUGAAAAAUACAGUGGUACCUUUAUUUUCUUUGACCUCCUGAAACUACUUU